AUGGAGAGGGUCGGCCCAGAAUCUCAAGUCUUGGAAGAUGAUGAUGCCAAUGAUGCCAACAACGACGAAUUUAGCUGCCCCUGCCACUCCACAUGUCCUCCACCCCAGUCCAAGGGCUGUGACAGUGUGGGUGACAGUCAGGUGGAGGAUCUGGGAGAAGCCAUCUCAUUUUCCCUAAAUCCCAGACACUCUUAUGUGAUGAAAGAAGAAGGAGUGAAAACCGGAAUACAUGCCAAUAAGUUGGCCAAGCAUGCACUGGAGAUUGAGAAGGAAGAUCAGGAGUUUCAGGAACCAUUUUACAAAGACAUGGAAAUGCCUGGCAGCUUGUCCGAAGAUGAGGACUACAGCUGGACCUCUCGCCUUCCUGUGCAUCAGAGAUCACAUGUUCUCCAAACUGCCAGAAUGCCACUGUAUGGUUCCUAUGACUCUUUCCAGUGUAGCACGGGCAAGCACUUGGGCAUGGAUGACCUUGCCCCACGGGCCCAUGCCAGUGACCCUUAUCUGGGGUACUCAGAGUGCACCAGGGAAGGAGAGCCCCACAUGCAGCAGGAGCAGGCCAUCGGGGACAGGGAGUUCCCAUGCCUGCAGCUGACCUGCGACGUGCUGAAGGAGGAGAAUGCCACGCUCAAGAUGGUGGUCAGGAGCCUGAAGAGCUCCUUGGAGAUCCAGGUGCAGAGGGUGCAGAGUCUGGAGAGGCAGCUGAAGGCCAGCCUGGAAAAAGAGGAGAGGGAAACCCAAGAACAACAGUCCUUCCUCCAGCAGACUGAGUGGAGUCUCCAGUUAAUGACCCAGAGGGCUCUGGAGGCAGAAAGCAAUGUGGAGAAGUUGAAGCUGGCAAUCUUUAUUCUCCAGGAAGAGCUGGAGAGCUCCCAGGUGGAGAAUGAAAACCUACGAGCAGGCCAAACGACUGACCUGGGGGCUGUGAAGCAAAACAUAGACUUUGCCUUGCAGAACCUCCACCAGAUCAUAACGGGUGCAAACUGGUCCAUCAAACAGCUCACCUCUGGAGCAGAGUCACUGCGUUUUGUUGCUGACGUCCUUAAAUCUACCGGCAAAAUUUCCGAAGUUGAAGCAGAAGAAGAGCUCUGA